GAGUGGGGAGUACGUGGUGUGGCGAGGCUCGCUUCCUGUGUAUGCAUAGCUGAGAUCUCGAUCUGCGGGUAGCAGCCUUCAUUGAGCCGCCUCCUGUUCAGUGGGGUCGCACGGGAGCUCAGAGACGAAACAGCGGCUAUCGGCGGUGGAACCAUGUCUGUGAACCUGAGCAAAAACGGCCCAGCUCUGACUGCUGCCUACAAGGAGGUCGUAGACGAGAAAUCCAAUACCAACUGGGCUUUGUUCACCUAUGAAGGGAACACCAAUGAUAUUCGACUGGCUGAGAAGGGAGAUGGCGGGCUGGAGGAGCUGGUGGAGGAGCUCAACAGUGGGAAGGUGAUGUACGCUUUUUGUCGUGUGAAGGACCCCAACUCUGGCCUGCCGAAAUACGUCCUCAUUAACUGGACUGGUGAAGGGGUGAAAGAUGCCAGGAAAGGGCUGUGUGCCAAUCACGUCAGCUCCAUGGCCAAUUUUCUUAAGGGAGCCCACGUGACCAUCAACGCCCGUGCGGAGGAGGACGUGGAGCCCGAGGCCAUCAUGCAGAAAGUGGCCAAGGCCUCGGGAGCCAACUACAGCUUCCACAAAGAGUCCAACCGCUUCAGAGACACCGGCCCCCAGGGACCCGUGGGCUCUGUCUAUCAGAAGACCAACGCCAUGUCUGAAAUCAAAAGGACCAAUAAGGACAAUUUCUGGGCGCAGGCUGAGAAAGAUGAGGAGAAGCGUCGACAGGAGGAGCGGCGGAAGGCGGAGGAGGAGAGGCAGCAGCUGGAAAGGGAGCGGAAGGACCGGGAGGCCAAGGAGGCGGCGCUGAGGGAGAAGAGGGACAAGGAGAGAGCAAAUCAGAUAGACCAGCAGAAGAAGUACCAGCAGCAGCAGGAGACAGAGAGCAGAGAACAGGAGAGGCACCAGUGGGAGGAGCAGGAAAAAGAGUUCCAGUCGGAGCAGAAGAAAGGGUUCAAGCGCGGUGAAUCUGUGGAGAAAGCCCACGAGGCGGCCUCUGUCAUCUCCCAGCGCUCUGUGAACCCCAGGGAAAUGUUCAAGCAGAGAGAGAGGGGCGUGGCUCCCGAAGGCAGAGACGCCCCUGCCAGCCCCCAGCCAGGGCGAUUGCAAAGCCCCUUUCUGUCCAAGCAGCCCUGCGAGCCGGAGCCGCCCAGCUCUCCCGUGCGCCAGGCCUCGCCCGUGCGCCAGGCCUCGCCCGUGCGCCAGGCCUCUCCCCUGCGCCAGGCCUCUCCCCUGCGCCAGGCCUCACCUGUGCGCCAGGCCUCACCUGUGCCCGCUGCGCCCGCCUCCCCUGUCUGCGCCACAGAACCCAGUGUUGAAGAGCAGUCCAGGUCUGAGUACGAGGAGCAGGAGGCAGCAGCCCCCGAGGAGGAGUACGAAGAUGUGCAGCCGGUCGCAGAGGAGCAGUACAACUCCCACGAGGCUGAAGCCCCGGCGGAGGAGCUCUACGAAGCUGUUCCAGAAGCGGACAGCCUUUACGAGGAACCCCCCCAGGUGGAGGAGCAGAACACGUACGAAUAUGCUGCGGAGGACAAUGCCGACCGCGGCAUCUGUGCCAGGGCUCUGUACGACUACCAGGCCGCUGACGAUACAGAGAUCUCCUUUGACCCUGACGAGAUCAUCACGGGCAUUGAGAUGAUUGACGAGGGCUGGUGGCGAGGUUACGGCCCAGAUGGCCGCUUUGGGAUGUUCCCGGCCAAUUACGUGGAGCUCAUCUAGGCACUAGCUCCGCCUACUCACUGGAUCAGCAUAUCAGAGCCAGGCUGCACCCCCAGCCCCGACUAGGACUACAUCUAGCUACAAGGGGGACCAAUAGUAACUCAAAAAAGGCUUUUACAUUCGAUUGGUGUCAUUGUAAAAGACAUGAAACUAUGGAAUACGGACCAGCUAUACUGAGAAAUAGUCACGGGACCAUGGGAACUUUUAAAUAUACCCACACCUAAGAAAGCAGUACUGAAUGGGGUUUUAGGAUUUUUUUAUUGUAGUUAAAUAAGACCAAUUCUUCCUCAGAUCCACACAUUUUAUAAACUGAAGGGCGACCCCCAGGCAGAAUCUGUUGUGUCUGAAAUCAAAUUGUCUGAAACAAGCUCAUACCUAAAGAAAGAACCCGAUGGAGAUAUGAAGCCUUUGCAUGUUUUAGGCUAGGAAUUCUCAGUGAAAAUUGAUAGCACUUGCAAUUUACAUUCCUCUGAAAAUUAUUUCCCUUUUUUCACCAUGUCAGCAUUGUAGUUUUUGGGCAGUCCUCAUGGAUGGCCCAGCAGAGGGAUACUAUAUGGCUCACUCAAGGUACCCAUAAUGAAAAUGACACCACAAGGAAGAUGGGUGGAGUUUCUUUAGCAUACAGUAGUCACAGCAAUGAAAUAAUUGCCUUGGUUUGCCUUGUGCUCUUAAGGAGUUUGAUUUUAAAAAGCUAGUAUUCCUUUCUGAACCUGUCAUACAAAGUAAGAUUACUAAAACAAAUAGCUUGAGUGCAUUUCAGACCACAGCUUGGCAUUGCAGUCAGAUUAGACAUUGGAAUAAAAGAUUUGUGAUGUGUUGAAAGAGGAGUGUUAGAGACCAGAAAACCCGAGCAAAACUGUGGAACCAGGGACAUAACGUCAAGGGCAGCUCACUGUUAAAGAAUCUUUUUUUUUUUUUUUUUCUUUUUCAUUGCAAGAGUUUGUGACCAGAGUUCACUGUGCCUGGCCCAACUCGCUCAUCUGUUUCAUU